ACGGAUCACGAACUGCUGCGACUUGGAUCAAAUCAAAGUUCCAAGACUAUGGAGCCACCUGUGAAUAUAUGGAAUUCCUUGAUGGAUUUGCGCCCAACGUCAUUUGCAAGUACGCUGCGCAACAACCUGAGGUCCUAGAUGUUCAAAGGAACAACGGCACAUCUCCAAGAAUAAUUAUUAGUGCGCAUUAUGAUUCUCGUGGAUCAUUUGGAAGCACAAGGGCUCCAGGGGCCGAUGACGAUGGGAGCGGUGUAGUUCAGCUUCUAGCAAUAGCACGAGCUAUCCAAAAACGGGCAGUCAAAUUCAAUACAGACGUAGAACUCGUGACCUUUGCGGGGGAAGAACAAGGUCUCUUGGGAAAGAAAUUGUAUGAGGAAGGGGCAGAUAUAGUGCUAAUGAUCCAGGCCGACAUGUUGGCGUAUCACUCUGCCGAUGAACCAAUGCAGCUUGGACUCCCUGAGUGGAUUGGAAGUCCAGUUGCUGCUGCGCUUCUUUCGAAUAUAUCAUCCAUAUAUGUUCCCGAUUUGACGGUCGGAACGACUUCAGCUUGCUGCAGUGAUCACCAAUCAUUCUGGCAAUACG